ACUUCCGCACCUGCGCAGCCAUCUUGAGCCUCUAAAGCAGCAACGGACACAGAGAAGAGAGAGAAAGACAGAACAUAAUAGAAAUACAACAAACAGCCUUAACGAGAGGAAACGGAGGAUAUGUCCGCUAGAAUCAAGGACCUAUGAACACAAUAAAGGUCUAAUAAUACAGAGGAAACGGUUACGGAGACGGUAGAAACAGACCCGGACCUACAAGUCAUCUUUAUUCUUCUACCGGAGUAGGAAGAGAAGAGAACAACACCUCCAGAGAGACACCAUGAAUCCUGAAUAUGACUAUCUGUUCAAGCUCCUGCUCAUUGGAGACUCUGGAGUAGGAAAGUCCUGUCUUCUGCUUCGCUUUGCUGACGACACCUACACAGAGAGCUACAUCAGCACCAUUGGGGUGGACUUUAAGAUCCGCACCAUCGAGCUGGACGGCAAGACCAUCAAACUGCAGAUUUGGGACACCGCCGGUCAGGAGAGGUUUCGUACCAUCACCUCCAGUUACUACCGCGGAGCCCAUGGCAUCAUAGUUGUAUAUGAUGUGACAGAUCAGGAGUCCUAUAACAAUGUCAAGCAGUGGCUUCAGGAAAUCGACCGCUACGCCAGUGAAAAUGUCAACAAGCUUCUGGUGGGCAACAAGUGUGACCUGACCACUAAGAAAGUAGUGGACUACACAACAGCCAAGGAGUUUGCCGAUUCUUUGGCCAUCCCCUUCCUGGAGACGAGCGCCAAGAACGCCACCAAUGUAGAGCAGGCUUUCAUGACCAUGGCCGCAGAGAUCAAGAAGCGCAUGGGUCCCGGGGCCACGGCCGGCGGCGACAAGCCCAACUUGAAAAUCGAUAGCACCCCCGUCAGGCAGUCCGGAGGGGGCUGCUGUUAAAAGACCACCACCACCACCCCCAACCAUCACCUCUACCAUUUCCACUGAAAUCUCCCUUUUCUUCUCCUUCUGUGUUCCCUCCCCGUCAUCUCUGCCACUCCCACACCCCCACCGGUCCUCCAUAACACCCUGUAACCCACACCCAACUCCCUGACUCCCCUUCUGUCAGCCCGUCUGGAGAUCCGGGGGAUGGUGUUAAGAUCAGGAAAUGGAUUGAAACUUUACAAGGGUUAAUUUGGGUCUGUACACCCGUCAAAUAACCGAGAGAGGAAAGCGAUCAGUCUGUGAGGGACAGAAACAGCCACCGAGACCACUUUAACUUUCUGCCAAGAGGACGGAAAGAAAACAGAUUCGGGGGGAGAUUGGUAUUGAUUUAGAGUGGAAUGGAGGCAGUGGAAGAUUAGGUUUAGAUACAGUGAGCUUAUCUCUAUACACACACACACACACACACACACACACACACACACACACACACACACGCACACACAUAUACACACACACACACACUCAAACACACUGUAGUGGGGUGGCAAGGGUUAAAGAGAUUUUGGCCAAACACUUUUCUCCUCAGGCUGUGUCUGUCUACGCUGAUCUCAUCUUAGGGCCACCCCCCCACCUCGCCCCAGCCCAACUUUUCUAUUUACCUGCACACACACACACACACACACACACACACACACUCGCACACACACACACACAGGUGCAGUGUGCUUGAGUCACACACUGUAAAUGUGAAGUGUUCCUGAACAGUGACUCAUCAUUGGCAUUUAUUGACGAAGAUCCAGGGGAAGCCCAUUCGGUGAGCCUCCCUCCUCUCCCUCCAUCUGUCCUCUACCUCGGCUACCACUCUCACUCUCUUAAGGUGUGUUCAGACAGGAAGCAGAAGGGGAAUAUCCACGUUAUGUCACUCACGUUGAAUUUUACCCACACAGUUUAACACGGGUGAUAAUAAUCUGUCUGGGCACAUACCUGGUGUCCUUGACUUGCUGUUAUACUGUUCAAUUUGUAUGUCAGUUUAAAAGAAAUACUAAGUUCUGCCAACUAUGAGCAAAUGAUGACACAGCAGUACUUGGAAAAUAUCCAAUCAGAUCGCAGCGGGUCAACAGGCAAUCAGCUUCACUUGGCAUCAAAUUUGUGCCAUCCCCUUUCAUUGCCAAACACUUUGGGCAAGCUUAUUGCAGUUUUCCCCACAUAGCGGCCUAUUGUUGCGAGGGCUUUUAAAACACCAUGUUAAAACUAUUCUAUCAGCCACUGACCUUAAACUGUAUGAUAAAUAAUAAUAAAUAACAGCAGCAUCAAGGAA